AUCCAAGGCGAUCGGGACAACAAAAAAAGUUUCGAGGAGAUACAUAGAGGAGCUGCUGCUAUCGCUUUUGUUUUUUUUAAGGGGGGAACAUUACAUUUUUGCACAGCAGAACGCUUCAUUGGGCGUUUUUUUUGUAUUAUCUGGAGAAAGAAACACGUGCGAGAGAGGGGGGACGUCAUACGAAACAGGAGACAAGUGCACCAGGCACCAGGCAAACCGCGCCCGGAUCGCAUCCCAGCAGCAGCCUCCGCUUCCCGGCUUGGAGCAUGGCCAGCUCGAGCAAAGCCACUUUAAUCUUGCUCAUCUAUGGAAUCUUAAUGCACUAUAGCGUCUUCUGCACACCCCUUGGACUAACUUACCCCAAAAUCAGGCUGGGCAACGACGCUUUCGACGAUGACGGCAAUUCCUUGGGCGAGCUGGGCUUCGACGGCGACCACCUCGCGUUACGCAGCGCGGCGUCCUUAAACGACGACGGCGGCGGCUAUACGGUCUACUAUCCCACCGAAAAGAGAGCAGAAAGGCAUGCUGAGGAGGAAUUAGAUAGAGCCUUGAGGGAGAUCCUGGGUCAGUUAACCACGCGGCAUUAUCUGCAUUCUCUGAUGACAAUGCGCGCAGGCAGUGAGGAUAACAGUAUGGAGGACGAUAGCGAGCCACUCUCCAAGAGACAUUCGGACGGCAUCUUCACCGACAGCUACAGCCGCUACAGGAAGCAGAUGGCUGUGCAAAAGUACCUGGCAGCCGUCCUGGGACGAAGGUACAGACAGAGAGUGCGCACUAAAGGACGCCGGCUGGCCUAUUUGUAGUGCAGCCCCCACCAAACCCACCCACACACACCUUGUGCGUGUAUACAGUAUAUAUGUAUGACCCCCCCCCCCCCCCCCAACCCGCACACACGCACACACAGCCCAUCAUCCACAUAUAGCUGAGCAAACCAGUGGAUUGCGCCUCUAUGUGUUCUCUUUCAACAUGAUGUAUUUAUGUAUGACGUUAAGCCAUUAAAAUGAAUAUUUUAUUAAUAAUAUCGUUUUUCCCCCCUAAUUUAUUUUUGCUAUGAGGAAAAAAAGGUACUUGAUGAUUAACCCUCCUGUUAUGUUGCGAUUAAAUUGGCUCGAUUUUAAGUCAAAGAACGCCCAAAAGUUUACAUAGUUAAUAAUAAAAUACAAAAAACGGAGUGAUUUUUUUUUUUUUGGUAACCCUUUUGAACGAUGACACACUGGGUCAAAAUGACCCCUUUUCGAGUGAAAAAGAAAAUUUUGAUUUUUUUUGUAAACAUUUGCAACAUUUAAAUGGACUCAUUUUAAAAUGAGGGAAUUCACAAAACAUGAAAUUGUUUGUUGUGGAGUUCAUAAUCAGAUACAAAUACUAUACAAAUCAAUUAACAUGACCCGGGUCAAACGGACCCAUUUAAAAGUGAAAGAAUACCACAUAAUCCGCAUAUUUGCAGUGAAUUUGCAAAUCGGAGUUAACAAUGAGCUAUAAACACUCCUCAUUAUGAUUAUUUUUUUUCCUGUUUGAAAAUAUUGGAUGAUUUAAUAUACCCUGGGUCAAACUGACCCAGGAAAAUGCUAGCAUUUGUAGCAGGAGGGUUAAACUGCACAGUCCAUGGACCAAUAUCUGUUUAUUUUCAUGUUUAAAGAUGUUUGAGAGAAAAAAGAUCAUAAUUGUGCACCUUCAACGUUAUGCGCUUGAACAAGAAAAAAAAAUCUAAAAAAAAAGGGUCUUCUAUACAUAUAUAUAAAUAUAUAUAUGCAGAAAAAUAAAUAGAUAAAAAAGACAAUCAAAGUAUUGAAUGUUAUACUUAUUUUUGUAAGCUAUUUUUUUAAGUGUUGUUCGUUUUUUGGACAAAUACAGGCCCAAAGAAGCGGUGAGCAUGCUACAUAUCUAUAUACGUAAGUGUGUGUGUGUGUGUGUGUGCGUGUGUGUGUGGGCGCGCGUGUUAAACACUCCAUUAUUCUUAUUAUUUUUUGUUGUUAUUGCAAGGAUGCCUCAAUGCUGCUCACACUUGCACAUGUUGCGUGGAAAAUCCGUGUGUGUGUGUCUGUCAAAAGUGCGCUUGGGUUGCGUUGUUUCUAAUUGGGGCAAACAGGAGUGUGAAAUCUGCAUUUACUUUGUAAUCAUUUUGUGGAAAAGUGCUUGCAGUCUGCAUGCUGUUGUAUGGUUGGCUAAAGGUGUGUGUUGUGUGUAGAUAGCAGGGAUUCCUUGGUAGCAGGGUGGAUGGGGGUGCGCAACAUUCAAAGAGAAGUAUCGGUUCACAUUCAUAUUAUGUGACGCGCUAGGCGGGAUUUGCUCACAAAAUACAAAAAGGUCAUCAGUCAUUCAUUUGUUUUGAUCAGUUGAGGUGUUUUGAUUGGGUUGGGGGGGUGCACCAACAUUAUUUGGCUUUGUGGGAAUUUCGGCAAGGAAAAAGUAUUCAGAAGCUGUUAAAUAAGAAAGAAGAGAAAAAAAUCAUGUUUGCAUGAAUAAAAAAAAGGAAGAGGUGGGGAAUCCCCGAGAUCAGGAGAUAAUUCGCUAUGAUAAAACAGAAUGUUGGCGUACCUCCCACUUUCCUAAAAUUGGAAUACCCAAAGUACCAGUUAUCUACUGCCCAUCUUCCAUGAUUUGAAAUCAUGCACGGCCAACUUUUUCCUCAUUUGGCCACGUGUUCGGGAAUGGGAAGAAGGGGUGCAUAACUUUUUUUCAUUUUCAAAUAUAAACAUGACUUUGGGCUGGCUAAAAAUCCUUAGGUGGUGUGACACCAAAUAAGCUUGUUUGAAAUGGGAGACCAAGGUUCUCGCACCAUAAAGAGUUUUUCCGCGUGACAAAGUUCACUCGGCGCACCCCUAAUGAACAUUUGCGCAUCCCCAGUGAGGGACACGCCACAACUUGGGAAUCAAAUGAAGAGAUGAGAACAAUCUGAAGCAGAUGACACACCUUUGCGCACCCCCAUUUGUUGAACGGGCUCCAUCGGAGGCAUCUUUCCCAUCGUACGUUCCUUUAUGACGAUGCAAAUUUGCUUGAGAACGGCCCGCUCCCAAAUUUGGCUUCACCUGACAGUCUUUAUAUGGUGUGAUUGUUUUUGAGUGCGUGGAGAGCAUUUGUUAGACAGAGUUGCAGACAGCUUCUGGUGCCUCGCUUUGAUGUGAAAAAAAUAAAUAAAUGGUUCAAAUGAAAUAUGUUU